GCUAGGGGCGGGUUCCCGGGACGGGCGGACGUGACGCACCUGUCAUCGGCUACACUGUAUCCUGGGGCCGGUGCGGGCUGCACGGGGCGACGAGCCGCCGGAGCCGGGAGGGACCGAGAGCGCCCCGGGCCGCCCCGAUCCAUGAGGCUCCCUGCACGCCCGCUUGUCUGAUGCCGCAUUGGAGGAGGAAGGCGCCAUUAUGGAGUGCUGUCAUGGAGGCCACCCUGUGUAUCCACACGUGCCUUUGGCUGAUUGCAGCCUGGACUCCCUUCCUAGGGCCAAAUGGACUUGCACAGGGUUCAGAACUCGAUCCUGGGGCUAAAACCCAGGAGAUGGCACAAGGCUCUGGAGAGUUAACCUGGGCCGUGCACUUAAAUGUGCCGGAGGGGCUGGCCUCCCAUGAGGAGGAGCUGGAGCAACAGGCAGACGAACUGGCCAGGACGGGCGGCCUGGUGAACCUGGGCCGGAUUGGGGAGUUAAAGGGCCGUUACCUCUUCACCCACCAACCGAAUGACCACACAGAACGGGGACCUGAAGCAAUAAGGAGAUCGGUGGAGGCUUUAUUUGCACAGCAUGACCGCGUGCGGUGGCACUCUGAGCAGAAGCUUCUGAAGCGCUCCAAACGCAGCCUGCACUUUAAUGACCCCGAGUACCCCCAUCAGUGGCAUCUGAACAAUCGGAGGACCCCGGGAAAGGAUAUCAAUGUGACGGGCGUGUGGGAGCGGAACGUGACAGGCCGCGGCGUGACCGUCGUGGUCGUGGAUGAUGGCGUGGAGCACACCAUCCAAGAUAUACAGCCAAAUUACAGCCCUGAAGGCAGCUAUGAUUUGAACUCCAAUGACCCCGACCCUAUGCCCCGCCCUGACGCAGAAAACGGGAACCACCAUGGGACCCGGUGCGCUGGUGAAAUCGCAGCUGUCCCAAACAACGGCAUCUGUGCCGUGGGAGUUGCCUACGGCAGCCGCAUUGCAGGCAUCCGAGUCCUGGAUGGGCCCCUCACAGAUAGCAUGGAGGCUAUCGCUUUCAACAAGCACUAUCAGAUCAAUGACAUCUACAGCUGCAGCUGGGGUCCGGAUGAUGAUGGCAAAACUGUGGAUGGCCCUCACCAGCUAGGAAAGGCUGCCUUGCAACAUGGGGUGAUUGCUGGUCGCAGGGGCUUUGGAAGCAUUUUUGUCGUGGCCAGCGGCAAUGGAGGGCAGCACAAUGACAAUUGCAACUACGAUGGUUACGCCAACUCCAUCUACACCGUCACUAUAGGUGCGGUGGAUGACGAGGGGAACAGGCCGUUCUACGCUGAGGAGUGUGCUUCCAUGCUGGCAGUGACCUUCAGCGGUGGGGAUAAGUUGAGGAGGAGCAUUGUGACUACAGACUGGAAUAUGGAGAAAGGCACAGGAUGCACCGAGGGUCACACAGGGACUUCAGCUGCUGCCCCCCUGGCAGCCGGCAUGAUUGCCUUGAUGCUCCAAGUGCGACCGUGUCUCACGUGGCGAGAUGUCCAGCACAUCAUUGUCUUCACAGCCACCAAGUACGAAGAUCGUCGCACCAACUGGGACACUAACCUGGCGGGCUUCAGCCACAGCCACGAGCAUGGCUUCGGCUUGCUAAGCGCUUGGAGACUUGUCAAUGCUGCCAAGAUCUGGGAAUCUGUCCCAUACUUAGCGUCGUACAUCAGCCCUGUUCUAAAGGAGGGCAGGACCGUCCCCCAGGUCCCUCAGGCAUUGGAAGUCACCUGGAACGUCACAGCAGCUGACCUCACCUUGUCUGGCAUGAAGACCUUGGAGCACGUGGCAGUGACUGUCACCAUAACCCACCCUCGCCGUGGCAACCUGGAAAUCAAACUCCUAUGCCCCAGUGGCAUGGUGUCCAAGAUUGGGACCACCAGGAGCCUGGACUCAGAUCCCAAUGGCUUUGCUGACUGGACCUUCUCCACGGUGCGGUGCUGGGGGGAGGAAGCCCAGGGCAUGUACAGACUCAUCAUCAGGGAUGUCGGGGAUGAGACACUGAAGACAGGGACAUUGAAGCAGUGGCAGCUGACGCUUUACGGCUCUUCGUGGACUACGGCGGAGAUGAGGGAACGGCAAAGGCUGGUGGAGGACGCCAUGAGUGGCCAGUACUUGAGCCGUGGGGAGUCCCUGCCAUGCCCUCCAGGGCUGGAGAUCGCCGAGGAGGAGCCGUACACCAUCACAGCUAACACCCUCAAGAUGCUCAUGUUGCUGGGAUGCUUUGCUGUCUUCUGGACUGUCUACUACAUGCUGGAGGUUUCCCUGUCCAGAAACAACGUGGUCUUCAAUCUGACGUGCAGCAGCUUCCCCGCCUGCCAAUGGUACCCCAGGGCUGGGCGGCAGAAGCACGUGGAGAAUGGGAUGGAUAUGGAGUCCAUCCCGCUCAGUGCAGGGAAGGACAUGGAGGAUGUGGAGAUGGAGUUGGAGCAUCCACUGCCCAGCCCAGAGGCCCCAGAGAACUUAGGGGAAGAGGGAAGCUGGAGUCCCCAAGAUCCCAAACCGCACAGCAAUGGCCGAACCGCAGGCUUUCAUGAAGCAAUCCAUUCGGGCUCAGCGUAUCUUGGCCGGGACCUGGCCUCCGAACUCCUCUCAGCAGACAGGGAGCAGCAGAUGUGCUAGCAGGAGCUGAGAGCUUGGGAUGCUGGGUGAUGUUGGCUCCUGUCCUUCCCUGGUGCAGGGUGUGGGAGACUUUCCAACCCCCCCACAGAACCGCUGCUGACUUGGGGGUUGUUGGUGUUGGAUGUGGCUCGGAUGACACAGGCCCACGGCUGAGAGGAGGGACCAGCGUCUUGCUCUCGACAUUCCCCAUCGCAAAGGCCCCUUUCCCUGCCUUUUAUAAACAAAACAAGCCUUAACUCAUUUUAUAAUGGAGUCUGUCCCGUGGCAAAACUCGGGGCUUCCCUCCUUCCUCAGCCCUAGGCCCUGCGCUCCUGCUCCCUGCCCGUGAGCACCCAGCAUCCGCUGAACUGAGCUUCCUUUCAUCUCCCAGGGUGCCCCGCCCAGGGCCUGCCUGCUGCUGGUGGAGGAGCCCGGGCUCACCUGCUAGGGCAGCAUGGUGCACUCAGCGAGUCCGAGCGCUGUCCUAGGGUGGCUUUGGAGUGGCACUCUCAGGUGUGGAGAGGGAAGCCAGAAGGUUUCCAUGAGGGCAGCCCCCGGACCCUAUGGCUGGUGCCCUCCCCGACAUGCGUUCUGCAGGCAGGGCGCAGCCCUGGGGGAAAGGCGGAGAUGGUGGAAGGCUCCUCAGGAAUUCUCUCAGAGGGGAUUAGCCUAGGGAGAGCCCCAGCUUGACUCCUCUCAGCAGUUUGACCCACACGCGUCUCCAUUGCCUUCAGUGGGGUCACUCCUGGCUGACAGCCCUGGGAGAGUGGACAGGCCCUUAGUGUUGGAUAGCUGCAGCCGAACCCCGCGGCUGCGGUACUCGGAUGCCAGGGGUGGGUCAUGCAGGGUGAUUCUGCAGCGGGGAGAGCCUGGGUUCUGGACCUGGUGACUCUCUGGCUCAUGCUCUGGGGUUACACCCAGGAGUGGUUACAGGUACUGCAGGUACCCCCAGACUUUGCCCAGGCCCAAGCCCCUUGCCAGGAGCCCUGGGGCUGCCCCAAACUGCAUUAGUUGAGGAGACGGUCACCCCCUUAGUUACAGACCUGCAGGGACUAAGGGCCCAGCCCUUCAGCCAGCUGGGUCAUGGCCUGGCCCCACGCUGUAUUGGACACAAAGGUGGCACUGCGCAGGCUGCCCUAUCUGGCCGCCCCCAGGUUAACGGCUGUACGGUCCCUUCGGUCUUGUAGGGUUAGUUACUUCACUGAGUCUGGGGCUGGAUUUUCUGACCCAGAGGGGAGUCCAGCCGCACAGCUGUCUCUCUCCACGCCUCAUCUGUCUCUUGUCCUCAGCAUGGGCACCGUGCCAGCUGGCUUGGGCAGCUCGCUCGGGGUGGGUUUGGUACCCAGUGCACUUCAUGCCUCCCAGAGCUCGAACCAAGGGUCAGCACCCAGGCUCUGCGAGUGCUCCUGAGCUAUUGGGGGCCUUGAGAAAUGAGGGCUUGGGGAGGUGAUCGGCCGUGCCCGCCUGUAACCAGCAGGCUGCGAAGGCGAGAGCUAGGCUGUCCCUUUCCAGAGCCUACUGGGAGGGGGGGCACUGGCAGCCGUCAGGUAGGUGCAUGAGUUCCUCCCCCUGUGCAGUCAUGGUCUUGCACAGGAGUGUGCUGGGCAAUGUCUGAAAUCCUGGGAGCCCUUGGCCUGUUAGCAGGGGGCAGAGUGAGGCUUCAUGCAGAGUCACCUGCCCCGACAGAAGUGCCGUGCACCGGCUGUGACUUCCCCAGCCCUGCACAUGGUUGGGUUAGCUGGAUGGCAGCAGGGGCCAUGUGAGCGCAGGGUGUGCUGGCCAGCCAUCUGUCUGUCUUUGCAUCGUGUCCCUUUGGCUUUGUUCCUGUUUUCAUGGCACAGGGGCAGGGGGAAGCUCUCACGCCGACCCCCGGGGCCCUGCUCAGCCAGCAACAGCCACAGUUUGGCUGGUGGUGUUUGUCAUUUAAGCUCUGAAGAUGCUGUCCUCCCUCUCGCCUGCCCGUGGCAUCGCCGCUUCUGCUGGAAAAGUCUCUGUUUGGGACAGAGGCAGCAGGACCUGGGCUGUGUCUAAGCCGGCUGCUUAAAGCAGUGGUCCUCCCUGGGAGGAGACCCUUUAACUGGCCAUUAAGUUAUCCUGGGUGAAGGCAUCCUACAUCGCGAGAAGGCCCUUUACACAGUGUGUAGCCACUUGGUUGACUGUGUUAGCAUGAAAUCUAGUGGCCUUGGCUUGGCUGAGUGGUGUCUUCAUUCCCCCUUCCUCACCCAGCUGCCUUACCCUGCUGUCCGUGGUUUCUGGGCUCUGCCUGCUGGCAGCAGUGGUCUCCGCGCACUGCGCUUGUUUCACCUCCGGAUCUCUUAGUAGUUGGCUGACGUUAGCCAGGUAGACCAAAUGCUGACAAAAAAAUCUGUUUGCCCAUUUCCAACAGCAGUAAUUGCACCUUCCUCUCCCUGCUGUUCCGCUCCGGCCGCCACGCUCACCCCAUCCUCUCUCAAACUAGCAAUUGUCUGGCUAGAGGAAAGUAAAGGGCCUGGUUUGUCUUGGGCCUUGUGUGCACAUUGAGGCCCGGCACAGGGCAUUCACAGCAAACACAGCUGGUUGGCCCAGCGAGCGCAGAGAGAAGGUGCCUUUCCCCCUGUCUAGUUGCUAGAGCAUGUCUGCGUCUGUGAUUCCCAGGACAGGGCCCAGAGGAAGGUGGGGUGCAGAAGGGUCCGUGCCCCUCCAGAUGCUUGAGGGGAGGCCAUCGGAGUGUUCCAAGAGUGACAGGACCCCGACUCCAGCAAUACAUUGCAUGGCUGGAUGAGCGUGUCACGGUGACCAUGUGUCUCCAGCCGUGGCCCGCUCUGCUGCUUAGCACAGUGCUCCUCUGUCAGCUACGCUGAGGGAGCAGAUUUUAAAUCCUGAUGGGUUUUCCAGGUGAGCAUUUUAAGUGUUACAUUGGCGUUGACAGGUUGGGGGUUUUAGUUGUUUUUGCAGCAAUCCAUCACAGACAGUGGGAGCUUUUGUUUUUCUAAAGAUUUGGGGUUUUAUUUUUGAAACAGCAAAGGCCUUUUUGUGCAGCUUUCCAAAAUAAAGUCUUUAAAAACCA